AUGAGCGCAGUGCUCAGAAUCUCAAAAAGAAAGGUCUCAGUAGUUAUUAAAACUAUUCUAUCAACCGACGCCUUCCUCGAAAUAGAUACGGCGGAACUAUUUCACAGUCCGUAUAUCCUAGAGGGAAGAGAAGACGACACGAUAGCGCUCAACGUCAGCGUCAGCUCACUAUACGAGACACUCAACGCCGCGGUUAACAGUGAAUAUGCCGCGUUAAAGCUCAAAAGGUAUACAAUCCGGCAUCUUGUUGUGGCUUAUCUGGAACGCAGGAACAACCAGGUGGCGUCGUUAUCAGUAACCUUCCCGGACCCUGCAUUUCCCAGUAUCUGCAUUACUCUGGACAUAUUAAUCACACCGGCUGAGGAAUACGUGCAGUCGGAAUCAGUGAUACCGGAAAUACCACCUUGCUCGUGUAACAUUGGGCUCACCAAGUUUCAAAGCAUUAUAUGCUACUUGGAAUCUGCCAAUCGCAUAGGGAAUGAAUUGACUGAGUUCGAAGUCUGCCGCAUCAACAAUCGAAAUACAUCACAAAGAACGGAUUUCGGGAGAACACAGGAUCUACAAUUACUUGACAACACGAAUCAACGCGGUGUCAAAACUAACGCCAACAGCGACACUGCCUACCUAGGUGCUGGCACCAAGACCAGCGGGGCAGCCACCAACAGGCAGUCGGAAACAAAGGACGCCGAAGGGGAGGUCGACCAAUCCCACUCGCCGAUCCUACUAAAACUCAGAUCACGUAAGCGCCACUAUGCUGCCACAUACAUGAUUGUCCUAGCUGGAAUCCUCGCCGAAUUGGAAACAGCAUUCUACGGAUUACAUUCAUUCUCAUCUCACGUCGGAGAAGAGUCACGAGAGUACGCAAACAGAAAUCCCAAAACUGUGCUCAAGACUGACGCCGUGUAUACCAUCUGCAAGAACGCCAUCGACUCGAUCAUAUUCAGCAAGCACGAAGCGCUUUUAGUCGCAGCAAUACCCGACGAUUACGUAUCUGCAGAGUGGACGUAUUUCAUAUUCUCGGUUAUUGCGCUCGACAGCUGCCAAAUGAUUUUCAAGCUGCCAAACCAAGUAUCGGAAACACAAUGA